CUAGUGUUUACCGUUUACAAACACACUCAGCUCAGUAUCAAAUAAUUUUGAGAAAUGAAAGGUUUUAAACAUUUACCUGGGCCUACCAGUUACCCUUUCAUAGGAAACCUACUAGGAUACAAGGCCCCUGGAGUAGGGAGGAGUCCUUCUCAAACUCCGCAUAUUUGGAAAUAUUUUAAUCAACAGUUCGGACCCCUUGUCAGACUCGAUAUACCUGGGAAUAAACCAAUGGUUCUAGUAUUUGAUCCUAACCUAGCUGAACAAGUUUACAGAAACGAAGGAGUUUAUCCAAUCAGGCCGGGGUUUGAUUCUUUGGGUUAUAUCAGGAGUAAGUUAAAGGAAACUGGGGGGAAUCAAGGGCUAAUUACGUCAUCAGGAGAUGAAUGGAGAGAGUUCAGAAAUAAGGUUCAGUACAGUGUUUUGCAUCCUAAAGUUAGAGAGACUUACUUAACAACCGUACACGAGAUUGGGGUGGAGUUCGCAGAUCAUAUACAGCAGAAUAUGAAGGAUGGAGAAGAUGCUACACAGGAAUUCUACAAAUGGGCACUAGAGUCUAUUGUGGCUAUCUCCCUAGAAACCCGACUCAACUGCUUUCAUCCCAGUCAACAAGAUUCUGUCAACACUCAAGUUCUCAGUCUAAUGAAGGAGAUCUUUCAUGGAUGCAAGAACCUUGACGUUGGAGCAAAACUGUGGAGAUAUUUCCCCUCAAAAACCUUCAGGAAGCUUGAGCGAGAUAUUGAACUGUUUACCCGGAUAACAAAUCAGAUGAUCCACAAGGCAAUUCAAAAGGAGAAGGAGAAUGAGUUGCAGAAUACCCUGCUCGGAAACCUAUUCAGCCGGGGCUGUGACGAGAUCACCAUGACAGUCCUUGCCACAGAUCUCAUCUUUGGAGGUGUGGAGCAGGUGGCCCAUGCCGUCAUGUUUUCUCUUUACCUUCUUGGGGUCAACCCAGACAAGCAGAAGAUACUGCACAACGAGCUGACCCGCACACAGAACCCGAAUUAUCUGAAAGCUGUUGUAAAGGAGACAAUGCGGCUUUACCCUCCGGCUGUAGGAAAUAUUAGGCAGCUAAGUGUUCCUCUGGAACUGGGAGAAUAUAGUCUGGAACCUGGAACUGUUUAUAUUCUUGCGCAUCAGAUAAUGUCCCGGAACCCUGAAUAUGUCAGAGAACCUGAACAAUUCAUCCCAGAGAGAUGGAUGAGGAAGAGUAUUCAGAAAGAAGAGCUGCCACCAUUCUUAACACUUCCUUUUGGUUGGGGACCAAGGAGCUGUAUUGGAAGAAGGUUUAGCGAGAUGGAAAUAUUUUCAAUGAUUUCAAUUCUUAUAUCAAGGUUUCAGAUUGGCUGGGAAGGAUCUCCUCUGAGGAUCAAAUCCGAAAUUGUAAUCUUCCCAGAAGGAGAACUAAGGUUCAACUUCAAGAAGAGAUAAUAAUUCAUUCAACAUCUUAUGAGUUAAACAUAGCUAAUUUUUUUAUAAUUUAGUUUAAAUAAACAUCCACUAUUAAA